UGAUGGAAAAUCCAUCAAUUUAUUAUGACCAUGAUGAUGAUGACGUUCAAACGAAUGAUAAUGAAUCAUUUUAUUCAAGUGCAUUGAAUUCUCCCAAUCUAUCCAUUCGAUCAUCAUCACCAUCAUCAUCAUCAUCGACGACUACAAUCAUAGAACAACAGAAUAGUUUUUCUGCUGCUUCUGAUGAUGAUGAUUCAUAUGAAUCAUCGAUAUGGCAUUCAUUUAAUAAUAAUCAAGAUAAUCUAGAUGAUAAAAAUGAUUCAAUUGAAACAUUGGUACCGAGUUUUCAAAAAAUACAAACAAAUUUUCCAGAGAAAUUUCGCAUAAUCUAUGAACAAUUAUUAUUUCUUCAGAAUGAUUGUUUUUCACGAAUGGAACACUAUGAACAACAAUUGAAUGAAUUAUCUCGACAAUUGUCCGAUUAUCGGAUGGAAUUUUCGGAAAAAUAUCAAACAAUUAUGACAAUGUUUGAGCAAUUAUCCGAUGCUAUCAUUGGCAAUGUUCAUCAUCAACAAUCAUCAUCAUCAUCACAGACAAAUCAAUCAUCGGAUAUCAGAGCGAUGGUGUGUUUAGAUGAUGAUGGUGAUGAUCGAAUACAACAUAAAUUACGACGAUUACCGGCCAUUGUACGUGGUUAUCUUGUACGACGGUUAUUGUCCACGGGAAAAAUACGAAACUUACGUCGUACCAUUCGUGAUACAUCGGCUAUAUUGGUUAAUUUUAAAAAAAAUUUACAAACCAACACUGAUGAUGGUCGAUUAAUUGUAACCGAACAGGAUGUCCUCUUCCAUCGACAAUUAUGUGCACAAUUAGAGAAAUCUUGCCAUGAAUUUUAUCGAAUUUUUUUCCAGUUAUCUAUGGCUAAACGCAUGGAAUUGAUUCGUAAUGAUCGUGAACAUUCACUCAAUCGUUCAGAUUCAAUAACAUCCCAGUAUUCCACUUCUUUAUCAUCCUCAUCAUCAUCAGUGUUUCAGAAAAUUAACCGAAAGAAAAUUUUAAAUAAAAUUCUG